GUUUGAUCAGGCGGAGGGGACAUUCCAGUCAUGGUACGUGUAACGUGGGCAUUGGGCAAUUGCGCUGACGAGGGAGCUCAAAUUGCGCAAUUUGACGUCUUCUCUCUCCGAUUCUCUUUUUCAAACACCAGUUGUCUUUAAGGUGGAAGCAUUUUGUUCCCCAUGGCCUCCGUUGAGACCGCUGCAAAUGAGGCAGAAAUGCCCCCUGCAAUUGCAACGGGCCAAGGCAUGGGGUCCCCUCAAGGUGCUCCAGUAUCUGCCACCUCUGAUGAUCCUGGCCCACUCCCCACGUGGACAUGUCUCUUUUGCACUUGGCAGAACGCUGAUGUGCCCACCAUCAAUGUGUGUGACGCCUGCGAGAAACCCCGCAAUGCUAGCCCCAAAGUGGAGGAGAAUGCUGCAGUGGAGGCUACUGGAGGUGUUGGGAUGGAGCAAAAGGCCACCCCCUGGGCCUGUGCAGAGUGCACUUUCUGGAAUGAGCCAGGCGCAGAGGCGUGUGCAAUGUGCCAAGUAGUCCCAGGCUUUGCUAAUGUCAGCGCUCCUGGUGGUGCUCAGGGACCCCCCAACGAUGCACAUGGUGGCGCUCCCGUGAACAAACCCCUGAGCUGUGAAGCUUGUACAGCCAGCACACCGUGCCAGAAUUGUCUGACUCAGCUGAACGCUAGCCUGGGGGGCCAAGAGGCCAGCGCUGAGCAGGGGGUGGGCCAGCAGGGGCAAGCAGCGGCAGGGGGUGACAAUGUGGAAGAAGUGCACGCCCAACAUACCGCAGGAGAGGAGGGGCAGCCACCACAAAGUGCCGAGCAGGGGACAGACAAGCCAGCGCAGAAGGCCCCCGAGCCUGUGAUAUGGAGCUGCCAGGUGUGUACGUUUGAGAACCAGGAGCCAGACGUUCGCUGCCAGGUGUGCACAAGCUCAAAGCCCCCACAGGGGGAGAACCCAGAACAGGUGGCUGGUGCCAGCCAGAACAUGUGCACCUUGUGCGGCCUGAUCAAGCCGUUUGGCCAGCCAUGGAAGGGCGGCCUCUGCUCUCAGUGUCGGCCCAUUGUGGAAGAGGACCUACCAAUGGACGUUGAAGCCCUCCCUGAGACUGAAGUGGGCCAGUCUCGGUCUGCUCCCCCGCCUGGUCCGUGCGGCGUGUGCCACAAGGUGGUCCCAGGCGUGCUCCUGCAGACGGUGGAUGGGUGCGGUCACUGCGCGUGCUGCGCGUGCCUGGCCUCCCUCACCCUCACCAGGAUGGACGUGGCCCCCCCGGCUUUAGCUGCAGCCCACAGCGACAUCCUGGCACUUCUCCACUGCUGGGAAGCAGGUUGUCCCCGCCUCCUCAGCAGCGGCAGCCUGUCCUGCUCCCUGCCCCUCCCCAACUUCCUGGCCCUCUCGCACUGGCUGGUCACGGCCAUCAGCAGCGUCUACCCGCAGCCGACUGCCGUCACUAGUUCCAGCCCCGAUAGGGCCACGAGCCAGGCUGGGGUGCAGGAGGCGCCCCCGGCAGGCCCCACGCCAGAAUUCACCUGCGGGGCACAAGGCUGCCCCUCCCAGGGAGUUCCCCAGGCCUUUGUUUCAACUGGGGAGGGUGAUCCGUCCCACGUGUGGGCGGUAUGUGCGGCGUGCCCCCACAUGACGUGCCUGGCGUGUGGCGCGGCGGUGGGUGUCUCCCUGGACGCUGAGUACCGCGACCACCGCUUCAGCUGCCCCCUGGCGCAGACGUGGGACGUGUUCCGCGCGCUGCUCGCGUUCGAGGAGGCCUUCCGGACCAACGAGGCCGUCGGGAAGGCCAGCGCAGACGACGCAGAGGGCCGCUCGCACAAGAAGCAGAAGACGGAGGCAGCAGGGAGCGGCAAGAGGAGGAUUGUGUGGGCCAAGGGCACAGGCUUUGGCGGCGGUGGUCGCGACGAGUACGAGGAGGACGCGUACGACGACGAGGACGAGGACGAGGAGGACGAGGACGACAACGAGGAGCCUUUUGAGGAAGACGACGUCGACGAGGGGGAGCAGGCUCUGGCGGGACUUGGCGAGGGGUCGGGCGACGAGCCCGACGAUGAAGACGAUGACGACGACAUGGAUGACGUGGGCGAGGAGGAAGAGGCAGCGCUGCUGCAGGCGCUGCUGGCAUCGCAGGCGGAGGCGGGGGCCGCCACACAAGGAGGCGAGCAGGAGCAAGCGGAGGGCGCAGCCACCGGCCCAGUCUCGGGUGGGGGCACAGACGCACCCAAGGAGAGCCCAAUGGGAGAGGCGGCCCAGGGCACGCACCACUCUGGCGCCACCGGCAAUGACGGAGAACAACAUGGGCAGCUGCUGUCCGCAUCGGCAGGAGGGCAAGCAGCGGACUUGCUGGCGGGGAUGUCGCCCGUCACGCCCUCUGUCGGGGAAGCUCCCGUGAAAGCAGCCUCUCCACCGUGGGCAGCCGCCGGCAGUCCACCGGAAGCCACGGCCUUCCCUGGCAACAUGCUCGAGACGAGCCCUGCCGCUGAAAUGCCUGCAUCCAACGCUGAAGCUGCUCCAGAGGCGGCCACGGGGGGGACAGCGCAUACAGCAGCGACCGGAAGUUCCGCGGGUCCUGUCGCUCCCCAGCUGCCGACUGGAUUCCACCUCGACCUAGCAACGAUCCCCGGUGCAGUGCCAGGCCCUCUCGGCGGUGUCCCCGACGCUGCUCCCGCCCUGGCUGCUGCCGGCAUGUCCCCGCUUGCGGGCAUGGUUCCCCCUGCGGGCUUGUUCGGCCUGCCUUCCGGCGUGGCGGGGGUCGGGCCGUCCUCGGACAAGCGCAAGGAGCGCAAGGAUAAGGAGGAGGCGCGAGAGGAAAAGCUGCGCGAGCGCGAGAGGCAGGCCGACAUCCGACUGGCGCUGGCGGCAGAAGCCCUCACGGAAACACUGUCAGGCGACGACUUUGCGCCUGUGCCCAACGCUGCGACAGCGGCCCUGGUGCGGCGCAGCUGGGCUUGCCGCAUAUUGGCGGCGGUGCUGGCGCGGUGCAGCCUGCUGGACGUGGGCCACUGCCGCGAGCGCGAGCAGCUGUACCUGCACCUGCUGCACCUCGUGCGUGCGCUGGGCCGCCACUCCGACCUGCUGCCCGCGCUGCUCGCCGACAAGGACGACGAUGACGACGGGCCGCACGCCAAGCACGCCGGCCCCGACCCGCGAGGCGCGGAGCGCAAGCGGAGCAAGGGCCUGCUCGGCAUCGUGCUCACCACCAUCAGCUGCGCGCUGGCAAAGCGGCGGAGGCAGGACGGGCCAUCACAGGAUAUGGAGGAAACUGCUCGCAAGCAGCCGGAAGGGGGAGGGGUGUCGUCCGUGAUGGACGGGCUGGCUGCAGCGGAGGUGGUGGCAGAGCGGGGCAUCCGGCCCGACCCGGCGCUGAAGCCGGAGCGCAUCGUUCUGGAGGGCGGGCGGUCGGUGCUGGCGGCGCUGGCGGACCUGAACCGGCAGGCGCGCAUUGUACAGCAGGGGCUGAAGCACGGCAUGGCGGAGGGCGAGAACGAGGGCGACUUCGGGGUGGCCAUGGUCGGGCUGGUCCUCGAGGUGAGCGACUGCUACGAGCAGGCCAGCCGCCGCGCCGCACUCUGGGACAGCGAGCGCAGGCAGGCCGGCGAGGAGCGGGACGCGCUGGCCGCGCUCGAGCAGAGCGCCCGGGAAGCGGAGGAGCGCGCAGUUGCAAACGAGAGCGAAAACGGGCGGCAUGGCGGGGAGGCCGCGAACAGCGAGGAUGGAGCUGAAACCGAAAUGUCAGAGGAGCUCGUUGCCAAAGAAGAUGCGCCGGAAGUGGAGGUCGAGGAUGCGCCCGCUGCGCAGACUGGUGAUCAGGAGAUGGCGGAAGCCGAGCGGGCGGUAGGAGGCUCGGGAGAGGCCGCCGGGGCGAUAUCCAAGUUGGGGUUAGAAUCGUCGGGUGCGGACCAAGCCCGCGGGAAAACCCCGCUCAAGGAGCGGGUGAUGAAGGGGCUCAAGGGGAUGCUGAUCAGCAAGAAGAACCACGGCAAGCAGAAGGAGCAGGUCGCAGAGGCCACUCCGAACGGGGAAGCGAAGCGGGAGGAGGAGGAGCUGCCGAAGACUGCGGACGCCGGGGCGGGCAGGGGCACGGGGGCAGAGGGCGGGCCGAGCCUGGAGGCGCGCAUCCGGGCGUACAAGGCGGGGCUGAAGGCGGUGCAGUUCCAGGAGGUGUCGCUGCUCGGGGAGGACGGGCAGUACGAGCACAACUACAGGGGCGAGGUGGGCAGCGCGUAUGGCGAGCAGUCGGGCAGCGGCGCGCACUCUGCGAAGCGGCAGCUGCGCAUGCUGCGCGAGAUCGCGUCGCUGGCCACGACGCUGCCGCUGGAGUGGGAGUCGUCGGUGCACAUCCGCGUGGACACCACCCGCAUGGACCUGCUCAAGGCCGCCAUCAUCGGGCCCCAGGACACGCCCUACAGCAACGGCAUCUGGCUGUUCGACGUGCUGCUGCCCCCCGACUACCCCGAGAUGCCGCCCCGCGUCAAAUUCCUCACCACGGGCGGCGGCACCGUGCGCUUCAACCCCAACCUGUACGACUGCGGCAAGGUGUGCCUGUCGUUGCUGGGCACGUGGUCAGGCCCGAGCUGGCGGCCGGGCAAGUCGACGCUGCUGCAGGUGCUCAUCUCGCUGCAGAGCCUGGUGUUCGUCGCGGAGCCGUACUACAACGAGCCCGGCUACGAGGCGCGCGAGUCCAGCGCCGCUUCGGAGGCGUACAACCAGGACGUGCGCCUCAACGCCAUGCGGUACGCCAUCCUGGCGCCCCUCAAGAGCCCCCCCCGCGCCUUCCAGGACGUGACGCAGCAGCACUUCAAGCUGAAGCGCGCGGAGCUGGCGGCGCAAGUCGACGACUGGAUCAGCCGAGCGGACAGCAAACAUAAGGAGGCCUGCACGCAGGUCGGCGCAGAGAUCAUGGAGGAGCUGGCCAAGCUCGGCGAGUAGAGAGGAACAGAAGACGGACGGUAGAGGGUUAGCUGUCGAAUGUACUUUGGAAGAGGUGCGCGCCGUUCAACCUGUGCUUUAACGGAGAUCACGGUCAGUUGAAAUGGUGUAGGAUGGAGAAGAAGCAACAGGCUAGUCAAACGGGUAGGACCAUGAUAGUUGUACGUAUACACAGUCGGACUUUGUGUACAUAUGGAAAGUACUAUAGCUUGGAACUGGGCGCAGUCGAACCCUUCUCGGUUGUUCCACUUGUCACUCCACGCUGCUGCUUGUAGCUGUCUAAGAUAGAUCGGAUCGAGUAAGUAAUCAGUGGCCAUCAACGGAAACAUUUCGAGAAGCACAGGAAGCAUUGAAAGGGGCCACUAACCUCGUCAAGUGCAAGGGAAAGUUCGGUAUCAGCAUAGAUAUAUAGUCAUCGGAUCAAACGGCAUUUGCCUGGCCUGAGCUACUGCUGGCCGAUUCCGUUUCCCGCACGUCUUUACCGAAUGGAGGCACCCAAUGCGGAUGAUUGAUUGAAC